CAAGUGGGUCGGUUCAAUGCACCAUGUUUAUAUUUUUGCCGGGUGCUGAAAAUGCCGGGUGAAAAUAGCACCUGGGUCCUUGUUGAUCCAAUUCUGACUAACUUGUCGAUUCUCUGAGCAGUUUAAACCAGUUUUUGAAAUAAAUUAUUGCUAUACUUCAGCCAAAGAUCAGGGAUGGCCAGUGAAGUCACCCCCGUGAUCAUUGUUCACGGUGGUGCAGGAGACAUCGCCGAGGGAAGGGAAGGUGCUGUGUAUCCAGGUAUCCAGGAAGCCGCCAGAGAGGGGUACAAGAUUCUCCAGGAUGGGACUGCUUUGGAUGCUGUAGAAAGAGCCGUGUGUUGCCUCGAAGACAACCCACAAUUCAAUGCAGGCUAUGGUUCAAAGUUGAAUGCUGCUGGGGAAUUAGAGAUGGAUGCCAUUGUGAUGGAGGGGAAGUCCCUAAAAUCAGGUGCUGUAUCAUGCGUUCGGGACAUCAAGAACCCAAUCAAAUUAGCAAGGACGGUCUUAGAAAAGACCGAACAUGAUUUUCUGAUUGGGAAAGGACUUGAGGCUUUUAUCGAUGAACAUGGUUUGACCAGGACUCCUCCUUCAGAGCUAAUCUCAGAACGAGCGAUCAACUUAUUGGAGAGUAUGAAGGGAACCGAUUACCUCUCAGAAGUAAAACGUGAAGUAAGGAAGCAAACGGAACAUGAUACUGUGGGGGCGGUUGCCCUUGACAGAUUUGGAAACAUCGCUUGUGGUACAUCUACCGGGGGACUUACUGGUCAACGGGUUGGGAGGGUUGGAGACAGCCCUUUGAUUGGAUGCGGUGCCUACUGUGACAAUGCUGUAGGAGGGGUAUCAACCACGGGUAUCGGUGAAGCUAUAAUGAGGAUCGCAAUGGCUGCUCGUAUUAUACUCUAUAUGGAACAUGGAAUGACAGGUGAGGCCGCUGCAAAGAAGGCCCUUGAGAUGAUGAAAGAACGGACCGGUUACAAAUCCGGCGCCAUUGUCCUCGGUGCAGAUGGACAACCAUCACCGGUCUUCACUACUUCCGGGUUGCCAUGGGCUAGUGUGAAAAAUGGGCGAAUUUCGUAUGGGGUCAGAAAGGGAGAUAUUUUGGACGGAGGGAGUAUGUAAAUAGGUUAUAAACCACGCAGUAUGACAAUUGAUGUAGGAAACUAUUGUUUGUUUUAACAUAUAGGCGACGGAUUUGUAAUAUUUUUGAUCCAUCGAGAGAAGGGGGGGUGGGGUGUUCUUUUCCUCGGAUCAUCACCGAUGGUUAAAGCUCCCCAGGAGUAGCUUUGACUUCCAGCAUCCAUAUUUAACUACAAAGAUACUUAGAUGACUUCGUCGUUUUUAAUCAUGAUUAUCGAUAUUAUUACAGCUGUUCUUCUGUUUGGUUAAAGUUAAUAAUUGAUAAUUUUUUUGUCAUCCAUUCUGCUCAUGCAAGAUGAUUACGCUAUUCAACAUGAGUUUUGGUUUGUCAUAUUUUCUAUGUGCUCACGAUGACGACAAGUGAUUUUAUGUUCAACGAUGUAUACUUCUGAUAUAUUGUCAAGCUAUCUUUGUUAUAUUUGUGUUAUCAAAAUACAUUGUUAUGCAGAGGAAAAAUCAAUCAAUCAAAUCAUACAUGGAAAGGAGUAUAGUAUACCACAAACAUGAGAAAAUUACAGGAGCAUGAUAAAGUAUCAGCCUGCAUGCUAUAGGCGAAUGACAUAAAAGUAUCAACGGUAUUAUGAGUAAGUGAUAUUUCAGGUUCUGGUAUAUGGUAAACUGAUACAAUACAUGAAAUAUUGAUAAGAUGCAUUAACCGACACAAAAUGGGCUUGAUAAGAUAUUAAUACGAUCUACUCUAGAUGUGAACCGACUAUUUGGAUUAAGGUGAAGGUCAUAGUGGAGACGUUUUUACCAGAGAUCGUUUAUGAUCGAAUUACAAUGAUAGGACUAAACAAUCAAAGUUUUCGCCAGACCACAAACAAGUUAAAAUUGAAUUAAGAAAUAAUCUGAAAGACAGUUAUGAAAACAUAACAGUGUAAAUGAAAUUUUAUGAUAAUUCUGACAUAAUCCUUUGUCAAGGAAUGAUGACGUUUACUGAGCGUCAAUAUCAAAACAAUUGCAAAACGCAUCAAAUAGAGCAGCAUGCAUCUCUGCCUUAUUUUUUUUUAAAUUAUAGCCGACGUAGAAAACUCUCUUUAAAAUGAGUACUGGUUUAGUCGACUGAAGGCUAGAACUUAACUUUUUUUAAUUGAGGCUUCAUUUGG